AUGCGUCCUGGAGAGAGCCCUUCAAGCCCUACUCUUGAAGUCGUGACCGCCACGGACUUCCCUUUCUAUGAUGAUGUCGAUGAUGAUGUCCAACUCUCUCCGGCUAGAAAACUCGGCACUUCCGAUACGACCAUACCUAAUGGACCGCCGCGUGCCACUGGUCAUGCUGACCAGCCAAAUAUAUAUGGCUUCUCGGAAGAUGCAUGGGGAUCCUACAGUGUCAAAGAUGAAUUGGUGCAAGUGGCAAACGGUGUCGGGCGGAUUUUGCAAGACCUCAAUAAGGCGCACGCUGAGGAGGAGGGGAACUUGUCCUCUAUGGCUACACUAGAGACGGCAGUCAACGACCUGAAAACCCUUGUCGAAGGACUCAAGGAGGCGUUAGGGAGACAGCUAACGAAACAGGGUGAAGCACUGAGUGCUUUCGAAAAACAGUUGCUCAAAGAGGUUGACGGCGUCAGAGAUGACAUCUCACACGCAGGAGCCAAAGCCAAGGAUCAAGUUGCUUCUACCGAUGCGGCGUUCACUGGGCUAUGUCAGCAACAAGAACUACUCCGCGAAUCUACGGACGUCCUGUCUUCCAGUGUAACCCACGUUCGGGACGCGUUGGACUCGACAACGCGCCAGCUUUUGGAGGAGAAUGUCAAGCUGCAUUCUCUCAUUGCCAACCUCGAUUCACGAUGCUCCUCCAUUUCUGACGAAGUUCACGAAGUUCGCCUCUCUAUGGUGGACCGGAACCUUCAAGACCGUGCGAGCCUGCAAAGCGAACUAGCCAGUCAGGGCAUCACUGUAGUAGGCAAUAUUGUGCCCCGCAUUUUGUCUCGAGCUACGGACAUGUUGCCUGCAUCGAACCAGGACUGGGUUCUCGGCAUGGAAGGAUUCAUAUAUUUCAUCAGCUCGACGGUCUCUCGUCGACUGCAAUGGUGGGCGCAGAUGCUGAAUGUGAAGGUGCUCAUUUUCUUAGGGAGCGUGCGUGAAGCCUCUCUACCUGCGAUUUUGUAUCAUAUCCGAGAUCGUGUUCCUUCGGUGAAGGCUGCAAGUGCGCAUCUGCAGCCUACAAGGAAAGUUAUUACUGCUCUAUGGGUCGCCUCGUUUACGGUUACACUCCUAUACUUCACGAGCCACACGCGUUCUUACCCAGUUGGCGAGGGCUAUAUUGUCACGUAG